CUCUGAUGCCCUGCGAUGCUCACACUCAAUACUUCUGCCUCUCCACCCGUGUUCUGGGCCAAUGCCUCCGGAGGCAGUGUGCUGAGUGCUGAUGAUGCUCCGAUGCCUGUCAAAUUCCUAGCCCUGAGGCUCAUAGUUGCCCUGGCCUAUGGGCUUGUGGGGGCCGUUGGCUUGCUGGGAAAUUUGGCGGUGCUGUGGGUACUGAGUAACUGUGCCCGGAGAGCCCCUGGCCCACCUUCAGACACCUUCGUCUUCAACCUGGCUCUGGCGGACCUGGGACUGGCACUCACUCUCCCCUUUUGGGCAGCUGAGUCGGCACUGGACUUUCACUGGCCCUUCGGAGGUGCCCUCUGCAAGAUGGUUCUGACGGCCACUGUCCUCAACGUCUAUGCCAGCAUCUUCCUCAUCACAGCGCUGAGUGUUGCUCGCUACUGGGUGGUGGCCAUGGCUGCGGGGCCAGGCACCCACCUCUCACUCUUCUGGGCCCGAAUAGCCACUCUGGCAGUGUGGGUGGCGGCUGCUCUGGUGACGGUGCCCACAGCUGUCUUCGGGGUGGAGGGUGAGGUGUGUGGUGUGCGCCUUUGCCUGCUGCGUUUCCCCAGCAGGUACUGGCUGGGGGCCUACCAGCUGCAGAGGGUGGUGCUGGCUUUCAUGGUGCCCUUGGGCGUCAUCACCACCAGCUACCUGCUGCUGCUGGCCUUCCUGCAGCAGCGGCAACGGCGGCAGCAGGACAGCAGGGUCGUGGCCCGCUCUGUCCGCAUCCUGGUGGCUUCCUUCUUCCUCUGCUGGUUUCCCAACCAUGUGGUCACUCUCUGGGGUGUCCUGGUGAAGUUUGACCUAGUGCCCUGGAACAGUACUUUCUAUACUAUCCAGACAUAUGUCUUCCCUGUCACUACUUGCUUGGCACACAGCAAUAGCUGCCUCAACCCUGUGCUGUACUGUCUCCUGAGGCGGGAGCCCCGGCAGGCUCUGGCAGACACCUUCAGGGAUCUGCGGUCGAGGCUGUGGCCCCAGGGCGGAGGCUGGGUGCAACAGGUGGCCCUAAAGCAGGUAGGCAGGCGGUGGGUCGUGAGCAACCCCCCGGAGAGCUGCCCUUCUACCCUGCUCACCAACCUGGACAGAGGGACACCCGGGUAAAGGGCGCAAGCUGAACACGCUCCUCUUUCUGAGAUCCACCAAGUGUAGGAUCAUCGAGUCCUGGGGAGAAGCUGCCCUCUCUGCC